AUGUGUCUGCUGGGCAUAGCGUAUGCACUUUACGGGGUGGCAUUUUGGGCCGGACUCGCGCGAUGUCUUCUCUCUAUCGUCGAGUCCUUUUCGGCAAAGGCAAAUAUGCCAGAUACCCGGGGUAGAAGUUCCGUCGAUGAAAACGAAUAUGGGACCUUUCACCUCCCGACACAUCUCUCCGAUGAUCGCUCUGAUGCUGCUGACGGAGAGAACGAGCCGGGAGAAAUGGGCGCGGAUGGAAUCAUCACGCUUGGCUACGGAAUUAUGACCAGUCUCAACAACCUGACUACGGCUGUGGUUCCGAUCCUCCUCGCCAGGAUAGAAAAUGCCAUGGGCUUUACAGUUAUGGCGGUCUCAGGCGAAACUAGCCAGCCGCUGCCGGAAUCCCUUCACACCAAAGACUAUACUCCUGUAGACGCAGAGGUCGCAAAUAAUCACACCGACGAGAACAUACAUACCAGAGAAUCGAUAACAUGGCAGGGUGAAGCAAAACAGAUGUCAAAAAACGCUGCCCCCAUUAUUCUGUCCUCCAUACUCGAGUAUUCCUUGUCAACAACUACAAUGAUCGUGGUCGGACGUCUGGGAACUACCGAGCUUGGGGCAGCGAGUCUGGGCAGCAUGAUUGCAAACUUCACAGCCUACAAUGUCUACCACGGCCUUGCCACAGGCCAGGAUUCUCUAUGUGCCCAGGCAUAUGGCUCAGGGGCAAAGCACAUGGUGGCCGUGCACUUCCAGCGCAUGACCUGUUUCUUGUUGCUGGUCACCAUUCCAAUCAUCGCCCUCUGGUCUGCAGCGGACAUCAUUCUCCCAGCACUCCUCCCUACGAAAGAUCCCAGUCUCGCUAUCCUUACUAGCCGUUACCUUCAGGUGGUCGCGUUUGGUGCCCCUGCGUAUGCAAUGUUUGAGUCAAGCAAGCGUUACAUGCAGGCUCAGGGUGUGUACACAGCCUCAUUCUUUAUCCUCCUCAUAUGCUCGCCAAUCAAUGCCUUUAUGAACUGGUUCUUGGUUUGGAACCGGGGCUGGGGUUUUAUCGGGGCCCCGAUCGCAUUGGCCCUAACAGACUACCUCCUCCUCUACAGCCUAUUUUUGUAUGUUUAUCUUGGAUCGCAUGAUAAAUGCUGGACAGGAUUCACCUGGCAAGCACUUUGCAAUUGGGGCCCAAUGGUCCGACUGGCCUUCCCAGGCCUGCUGAGUGUGCAAGCUGAAUCUCUAGCUUACGGUGCCAACACCCUCGUCUGUUCGUACAUAAGCCCCACUGUGCUAGCCACACAAACUGUUCUGUCCACCGUAUCCAAUAUUGCCUGGCAAGUGCCCUUCUCUCUAUCGCUCUCUGUCCGCGUCCACAUAGGCACCCUGGUCGGCGCUGGACGCUCCAAUGCAGCCCAGAUCGCAAAUAGGGCUGCGGAAUACUUGGCUAUUGGUGUUGGAGUAAUACUUAUGAUUAUCCUGUGGGCCUUGAGAUCAUACAUCACCCCUUUCUUCACAACCGAACCUGCCGUCAUCAAGCUGGUUGUUCAAGUCAUGCCACUCUGCGCCGCAGCGCAUUUUCUGGAGUCCAUGGCUCUCAUCUAUAGUGGAGUCUUGUGCGGCAUUGGUCGACAGGAUAUCGCUGGCUACGCUCAAACCGGCGCUUUCAGCAUCAUUGCGCUACCGAUUGGCGUGGGGACGGCAUUUGGCCUCGGCUGGCAUGUCUGGGGACUCUGGAUUGGUGCGUUGGUUGGGUUUUGUGCGGUAGUUGCAAUAGAGUGGAUUUUCUUGAGAAGGGUCAAUUGGCAACGUAGUGUCGAAGAUGCAAAGGAAAAAUGCUUCUAA